AUGACGAAUUUAAAAUGGUUGAUAGAAAUUACAAAAGUUACCAAACCCGGCCUCAACUUUCAAACUGGGUGGCGUUUUCCCGCGCUUUCGCGAGCCGAAUCUGUUCUGCGGCCAUUACUCUUUGCAAGCACAGGCGUUUUGUUAAAACAGUAUUCACCCGGGGAGCAGCGAUUUUCUCCAAAAUUCACAGCCAAAAACGGUGCUAACAAGAUGAGCAGCCACAAGCUCAAGUACAAAAACACUGGUCUGGACUCUCAGGAGCUGCGGCGACGGCGAGAGGAAGAGGGUGUCCAGCUGCGAAAGCAAAAGCGCGAGCAGCAACUUUCCAAACGCAGGAAUGUCAAUAUCAAUGCCGCCGAGCACCAGUUCGAGGAGCCCACAAGCACCACCUCGAUGCAGGAUGAUCUGGUGGCUCAAGUGUCCCUAAGUGGAAUCACGUCCGAAAUGGUGCAAUCCUUGUACAGCAACAACAUUGAAGAGCAACUCUUGGCCACUCAAAAGUUUCGCAAGCUGCUCUCAAGAGAACCAAACCCACCGAUUGAUGAAGUCAUACAGACGGGCAUUGUGCCCCGAUUCGUCGAGUACCUCCACAGCUCAAAUGGCACCCUUCAGUUUGAGGCUGCAUGGGCCUUGACAAACAUCGCCUCUGGUACAUCCCUGCAAACAAGGAUGGUCAUCGACGCUGGUGCCGUGCCCAUGUUCAUCGAGCUUCUCAGUUCGAGCAACGAGGACGUCCAGGAACAGGCAGUCUGGGCUCUGGGCAACAUUGCUGGUGACUCACCUGAGUGCCGCGACCACGUUAUCCAGCAGGGAAUCCUGGUGCCCCUUUUACAGCUACUUGGAAAAACCAACAGAGUAUCAAUGACCCGAAAUGCCGUGUGGGCUCUAAGCAACCUGUGUCGUGGCAAAAACCCGCCUCCCGACUUUCACAAGGUGUCGCCCUGCUUGCCCGUGCUCUCUCGCCUGCUCUUCCACAACGACGCCGAUGUACUUGCAGACGCCUGCUGGGCUCUUUCCUACCUCAGCGAUGGCCCAAACGAGAAAAUCCAGGCAGUCAUUGAUGCUGGCGUCUGCAGAAGACUUGUCGAGCUUCUCAUGCACAACCAACACAAUGUGGUUUCGGCAGCUCUACGAGCCGUUGGUAACAUUGUAACCGGCGACGACGCUCAGACACAGAUGAUCCUUAACUGCUCGGCCUUGCCGUGCCUGCACCACUUGCUCUCCUCUCCGAAGGAAACCAUUCGCAAAGAGGCCUGCUGGACUAUAUCCAACAUCACGGCCGGAAAUAAGCAACAAAUUCAGGCUGUGAUAGAUGCCAACAUUUUCCCUGUGCUCAUCGACAUUCUCAGCAAGGCUGAAUUCAAAACAAGGAAAGAAGCAGCUUGGGCCAUCACAAAUGCCACCUCAGGUGGCUCCUCUGAGCAAAUUUUCUACCUAUCAAAUCAGAAUUGUAUCCCACCUCUUUGUGACCUGCUGACAGUGCAGGAUGCAAAGAUCGUUCAAGUAGCGUUGAAUGGUUUGGAGAACAUCCUGCGCAUGGGAGAGCAGGACUGCAAAAACAAAGCAGUCAACUAUUAUGCUGUUUUGAUUGAAGAGUGCUAUGGCUUGGACAAAAUUGAAUUCCUACAGUCACAUGAGAACAUGGAGCUUUACCAGAAGGCGUUUGACAUCAUUGAGCAUUACUUUGGCAGCGAGGAGGAAGACACUCGAGUGGCGCCUUCGGUUGACCCCACACAGAAUCAGUUCCAGUUUGGAGCUCCUGAACAGAAUGCCCCCAUGGGUGGUUUCCAAUUUUAACAGCAGACGUCUACCACUACAAGAUGGAAGUUGAGCAUUGUUCUAUUUUGUUUGUCACUGCUUGUGAAGAUAAGUCUUGAAAAUAUUUCCUGUUUUUUUUUUUUUUUUAUAAUAUGAUCGGAACCAGAGGAAUCUCCUGGUAUAUUUGCCCCUGACCUUCUUCAUAUCUGUCAACUUUUGAUUGUAUCUGACAAGCAUGUUUUUACGAGUGAGAUGAAAUUAAUAUUUUUUCGGCCCACGAAGAAAGGUGCUCUUGUACACAAUGGAUAAAUCAAAGAAAAAAUGAUUAUAAAAAUGAUCUACAGAUAUUUCGCCUUGGAAAACCAGCAAUGUUUGUUGAGUUUUGUCAAAGAAAUGCGAUUAGGUGCUGUGUUGAAUAAACUUAACGGUAGUUAACAUGUUAAUUAUUGAUUAAUCACAGAAAGUUAAUUUAUAACGCUAAUGCAACACCAUUACUAUUGUAAUUAUCAUUGCUCUGUAUUUUCUUUUUUCGGAUAAAUAAAUAUUUGUUGAAAUUUAACAGAAUUCAAAGUAA